CAACUUAUGACAUAUCAUUGGUGGAGUGUUUCAAGGUGCAACAAUCAGGAUCAUACCAUGUACUUGGUAUCAGAGAUACUAAUGGAUGGAUCAGAGGGCUACAAUACACUGGAGCUACCUGAUAUCACUAUAGCAUUAGCCUCUGCAACUGACAAUACUUCCAAGAAAGAAAAUGGCACACCAACAGUAACUGGACUUUCCGCUGUCCUUGGUCUAACACUGCUGGGCUUGUUAUUAGCCAUUCUACUUGCCUUUAUCUUUUUCCUUAAGAGAAGAUCAACCACCAAGAGAAAGAACAAUGACCCAGGACCACCAGCUGUUGUGACAACUGCUCCACUGUAUGAGAACACCCAACUACCACCACCACCUCCCUCAGUCACUGAUGGUGGAGACACAUGUAUGAACAUGUGGAGCUGAGGCCUAUCACUGGACAAGAGAAGGAGAUU